AUGGUCACAGAGUUAGUUCAGUUGGUAGGAGUGUUUCGCGCUGUUCAUGAAAGAUUCAAAAAAAUUGGCCAACAUCAAGAAAAAAGUAAAAACUUCCUAAAUGAAAAAGAAUGGCUUGAAAAUUUAGAAUCAGAAGAGAAACAAAAUUUUAAAGAAAAAAGUUUUAAAUAUUUUAACGAUAUUAUGGGUCAAAUACAGUACAACAAACGAUUGUACAAGGAAAAACAAGAAGAGGAACAGAGAAUCAUAGAGAAAGCAAAAGAUGCGGAAAUAGAAUACCGAGCAAAAUUGGACGACAUAAAAGCUAGACCCAUUUCUGCCAAUGCUCAUCCAUUUUAUAUAAUGAAAAAUCAAUCAAAAAUUUCCACAGAGUUGUGUUAUCCUCACACAUUUUGUAGAAGUGGCACUAUUAAUUGA